CCCUGGUCGACAAAUCACUCAAUCACAAUGACAUCGUUGCCGCCGGCGCUCGGUGCUGCACAUGCCCAGGACAUCAUCACUACGAUGGAGCAGGCAAUGUUCAGCCAAAGCGACACUCGUGCAGCAGGCGAAGCGACCCUACAGCUAUGCAUGAAGAUCCCCGGCUUUGCGCUCCUUUGCCUGCAACUCCUGAACGAAGCGCAAUAUCAGCUCCCAGCUCCCAUCCGUCUCAUGGUGGCAUUAUCCUUGAAGAACGCUGUGUCAACGUCGUGGGUUGGGCGAGGCACCCGUCAGUACGUCAUCUCCGCCGAAGAGAAGGACAACGUCCGUCGAGGGCUGCUCCGCCACAUGGACGAGAGCAGCAGCGCCGUCGCCACCCAGCUUGCGGUCCAUCCGAUGUCUCCAACUACACGGUCCUUACGACAUACUAGGUCACGAUCGCGCGCAUCGCCCGCUCGGACUUUCCCAAGGACUGGCCAGACCUCUUCUCCGUGCUUCGCGACAACAUCCAGCAAGGAACUCUCCUCCAGCAAACGCGAGCCCUGCGCGUGCUCAAGUCCGUCGUGAAGGAACUCGCGUCCCGCCGCCUUAUGUCCCACCGCGCCAUCUUCAACGACAUGAGCGUGGCCGUGUGUCCGUUCCUGGCCUCCGUGUGGAAGUCGCAGGUGGCGCAGCUGUCCGCGGGCAACCAGGAUGUCCUCGGCAACGUCCUGAGCACCACCAAGGUCCUCCACCACCUCGUCCUCCACGGCUUCAAGGUGCUCGUGCCACUCGACGUGAUCCCGUUCGUGUUCUCCGCCUACUUUGACACGUUUCGCGCCCUCACCACGUACAUCUCCACGCUGCCCCCCGACACUCCCGGCGUCGACGUCCUCAACAAGAUCCGCGUGUCCAUCGCCGGCUUGGUCGUGGCCGUGCAAAAAGCCCAUCCGAUCGAAUUUCGCGCGUAUUUGGGCCCGUUUUUAACGCAGUUUUACACGACGCUAACCGAUCCGGCGCCGUCCCCCGACCGGCUGGUGGUGCACCUGCUGUCGUACUUGACCAACGUCGUGGGCUGCCUCUUGUACCAGCAGAGUCCGUCCACCCACGCCACCAGUCGCACCGUCAUCACGGCCGCCGGCGACGUCCAGCUCACCGACCACAUGGUGGAUGAAUGCAAAGCUCAGAUUGGCGCAUUUGGGUCAGACAUGACGUUGUUGUCGGCGCUGCUCGAGCUCGUGGUGGUUCGAUACAUGCGACUGACGCCGGACGACAUUGCGCAGUGGACGGACGACCCCGAGGGGUACUCGACGCUGCAGGAGUCGCUCACGGCGGACGGAUCGGUCCGGGCGUGCGCCGAGAUGCUGUACCUGUCGCUUCUGCAGACCCACCGCGACGCCCUCACGCCAUCCGUCCUCGGCAUGAUGCACUCGACGUCCAAGUGGAUGGCAAGCCCGACGUCCGCACCCGACGACAUCCUUCGCGCCGACGCGGUGCUGCUGGCCGCGGGUCUGUCGUCGUACGACCUCCACGAGAGCUUUGACUUUGAGCCGUGGUUCCUGCGCACUCUGGUGCCGUACCUGCAGUCGCCCAUGACCGUGUCGGGCGUGCCCGUGCUGCCGCGCCGCAUCGUGUGGCUCAUCGGGUGCUGGCUGGCGCAGCUGUCCACUCAAGUGCGCAUUCCGCUGUACGAGGCGCUGCUGCAGCUGCUCUCGGCCGCGCACUCGGACACGUGCGUCAAGCUGGCGGCCGUCCAGACGCUCGAGUCGCUCGUCAACGACUGGGGCUUCGACCACGGCACCUUCGUGCCCUUCCUCCCGUCCGCCAUCGGGUGCCUCUACGCUUUCUUCAGCCACCCGGACGUUGUCACCACCGACACGCGCCUCAAAAUCCUUGGAUGCAUUGAAGCCAUCGUGCACGUGUGUGGCAGUGCCAUGGGGCCGUGCAUCGUGCAAGUGGUGACGCCGCUGCCGGCGAUUUGGGAGGCGGCGGGGUCGGUCGAUGCCAACCUCCUAAGAGGAAAAAUCCUGUCGCUCUUGACGCGCAUCAUGGAAAUCGAUUGGCACGACGUAUCUGAUGGGGAGCUUCGGAGCAUGGUGCUGUCGGUGGUGUCGUUUGCCACCAACCCCAACCAGCCCGACUCGGUGUACCUGAUGGACCAAGGACUGGCUCUGUGGAUUCGGCUCACAGAGGUGGCGGACGUAUACACGCAGCCACUGCACGACGUGUUUAGCAACGUUGUGCUGGCUCUGUCCCGGGACACGGAGCACGUGCAGUCGGGUCUGACGCUCCUCGAGAACUACGCGAUCAUCGGCGCCGCCGCCUUCUGGUCCGCUUAUGCUAUGGACGUGUCCCGUCUGCUUCAUUCCAUCGUCGGCCAAGUCAAGCCGGAGAUCAGCCACAUGCUCUGUCGAGUGGUGGACCGACUGCUGCAGUGCCUCCCAUCCGACUCGCUCCAGCCCCUCCAAGGGGUGUUAAGUGCGUUGUGGUCCGUGGCCCAAGAGCAGCCCCGACAGGAGAAGGAGCUCGUGGUCGUGUCGUUCGUGUCGACCCUGGCCGCGGCGUGUCUCCGUGCCCCGUCCGUCUUCUUGGCCGCCGUCCCGUCCGCCCACACCCCGUCCUUCCUCGACACGAUGCUCCACCUCUUCUUUUCCAUCUCGUUUUCGGCCGUGGGGCCCGCGAGACGGCGCAUCUGGGCCGCGUCCCUCUGCUCCUUCCUCACUGUCUCGCCCGCGGUGCUCGACCGCAUGGGGCUGCUGCUUGAAGCCAUCGUCCAAGUGCUCGGGGAUGACACCAGCCCCUUGGACGUCCAUGAUGCCGACGAUGCCGACGAGGUGUCCAUCCGUCGGAGUCUGCUGCUCGUGCGCAAAACCAAACUCGUGCCGCCGACGCUGUCGUACAUCAAGCAGUACCUGUGUGCCCAGCUCAACAAGUGCUCACAAAUGUAUGGCCCAGAAGCGUUCAAUCAGAGCAUGGCGCUGGUAGAAGCCAGCAUAGUCGACACUAUUCAAGCAUUGUGAUAUUAAUUCUCGACAUGCAAUCAUCCAA